CAUGACACAGUGGAUUCUGUCCUUUGAAGAGGUGAAAUCAUUUUGCCAGCACUGGUCAUUCAGGAACCGCUCGGAGUAGCUUCGUUUGGCGCCCGCGGAGUCUGCACAGACUCUGCAGCGAGGUGUUUGACGCUGAAAGAACAGGAGGUAUGGCUGAGCCGCUGCGAUGACUUCAGUAGCAAUUAUCGACAGCAACAGUUCUUGGUGCCUCAGGGUGGUCAAGAAGAGCUUUGCCGUGAUAGCCUGAAGAUGGCAGACAGAGGUCCAGGUGGCCCGCUGCUUGGACGUGCUGCUGGGCUAAUGGCCUUGACCCAAAACUUCAAGCAGCAUACCAGGAUUCCUGGCUGUAGCGGCCUGCGCCUUUGCACAGCUGCUCGAGGCUUCGAGGGUGAUGAUCCUCUCUGGAGUGAGGUGAGUCAUGUGAUGUGGGCAGGCCUCCUUUUGGAGGGUCAUGCUGGCCGCAGUGUCAUGGAGGUGCUGGCUCUCUCGGAGUGGCCCUUGACCGAGCUACUUCUCCAAGCAGCAGCACCGCAUGGAAAGCUCUCGGAGAGCUCUUCGGAUUUCCAACGCUCGGUGCAGGAAGGCAUUGCCUUUGGCGCUUGCUCCUGCGAUUUGAGCCUUUGGGCUCCAAGUGAGGCCCGGGCAGUGGCCGCAGCACAGCUGGUUUUGGAGGAGAUCAACACGGUGGUGACCCAGAUCAGUGUGGAUCUGGAGCAGAUCUAUGAGGCCCUUCGGUCUGUGAGAGCCCAACGAGCUUGUGACGGCUGGAACUGGGAUGCAAGGCUCCUAACAGCCAGCAGUUUGCUCGAAGCCUUGGACUGGCAAGAGGAUUUGCUUCGUCUGGUCGAUGCGGAGCUUUCGGCAUGGGACCCGCAGAUCUGCCUCCCCGGGGUGGUGGCUUUGGGCUUGGUUUGUUCAGCCCGCCGUGAAGGAUUUCCCAUACAACUCAAGAGGUGAGCUGGUUCUGAAUCACCCUUCCCGCGCAUGGGAGUGGUCCACGGCCAGCCUGGAAAUCGCGUCACCUCUGGCUGGCUGUGUCGAUCGAGGAGAGGC